AUCACUGACUCCCCCUUUAACUCUAUUCAGGACCACAGACAGCAACAAUGACUCGUUUGCGCAGAAAAGCCUGCGUAGCCCUCUUCCUUUUUGCCCUCUUCAUCUUCGGAACCAUGAUGGGUCUACGAACUCUAAAACCCACCGACGGGUUCUCAGAUCUCGCCCCGGGAAUGGAGAUUGCGCCCUUUGUGGGCGGGAAAUCGGACCGGCGACCCGCUCCCAACCAGUUGGACAUGAGCAACACUAAGAUUGUCCUUUCCAAAGCUGGCCAUGAGCAUAGUAUCUUCUAUGACGUCCACAUCUUCUAUUAUUUGUGGUAUGGUGCGCCACCGGUGGACAGGGCCUUUAUCCAUUGGGACCACAUCCUUGUGCCUCACUGGGACCCCAAAAUAGCAGCCAGUCACCCUAAAGGAAGGCACAAUCCUCCUGAGGAUAUUGCCUCGAGCUUCUACCCUGAGCUUGGACCCUACAGCUCGAGGGAUUCCGAUGUGCUGGAGUCACACAUGGAGCAGAUAGAAGCAGCUGCUGCAGGUGUAGUGGUACUCUCUUGGUACCCACCCGGUGUGGCAGAUGAACAUGGAGAGCCCACUGAUGAUCUAGUGCCUGCUGUUAUGGAUGCUGCUCAUAGGCACUGUCUGAAGGUGGCGUUCCACAUCCAGUCUUACAGAGGCCGGACAGACCUCAGCGUACAUGAUAACAUUAAAUACAUCAUUGACAAGUAUGGAAAUCAUGGCGCUUUCUACAGAUUCAGGUCCAGCACUGGGAAAGUCCUGCCUUUGUUCUACGUCUAUGACUCUUACCUGGUCCCAGCUGAAUCCUGGGCAGAGCUGUUUACCAACAAAGGCUCCCACAGCCUGCGAGGGACUUUUUACGAUAGCAUCUUUAUUGGACUUAUCGUGGAGGAACGUCACAAGCAGGACAUUCUGACUGGCGGCUUUGACGGCAUGUAUACCUACUUCGCGUCCAACGGUUUCUCUUAUGGUUCCUCUCAUCAGAACUGGAAGACCAUCAAAGCUUUUUGUGAUGUAAACAACCUACUUUUUGUGCCCAGUGCCGGGCCGGGAUAUGUUGACACUGCUGUUCGGCCGUGGAACAACCACAACACGCGCAACCGAGUAAACGGUCGCUAUUAUGAGACCUCUUUACAAGCGGCGCUGUCCGUGAGGCCGGAUAUCAUCACCGUUACUUCGUUUAACGAGUGGCACGAAGGCACGCAGAUCGAGAGGGCAGUGCCUAAAAAGACUGUGACUCGUCUGUAUUUGGACUACAAACCCCAUCAGCCUGAUCUGUACCUGGAGCUUACCAGAAAGUGGGCUGAGCAGUAUAGUAAGGAGAAAGAGCAGUGGCUGUUGUGA